AGCCACGGAGCCGAGCGUCUCCUUUAAGCCAGUUUUGGAAUAAUUAAUGACGUCGCGCUGUAAACACGACUGACGCUCAGCUGCGUGGCCGAAGCAUCCUCAGACCAAGAACCCAAGACCUCUCCAGGUUCCUGUGUUUAUUUGUCGACGGGACGGCUGAACGCCAAUAAAACAACUGCGGUUCACCUCGACUCUCAUAUGCGGUCUCCACAACCAAGACGACGGUGCUGCAUCUGUCCUACCAAGUGCCAUGGCUAGAAAGACGGACAGCUCCUCCUCUUACUAUGGUGAGCCGCGCAAGUUUGACCCAAACUUCAGAGGACCUGUUCAUAACAGGAGCUCCACUGAUGUGUUUUGCUGUCUUAUCUUCAUCAUUGUCAUCCUUGGCUACAUUGCUCUUGGCACUGUGGACCUUUCUAGACUGCCUGUGUUUGCUGCCUCACAUUCAGAGCAGUCCUUCAUCAGCUGGCAAGCCUGGAUCCAUGGUGACCCCAGGAAGGUCGUCUAUCCAACCGACAGCCACGGUCAGUUCUGUGGCCAGAAGAACAGCCCCAAUGCAAACAAAGCCAUAUUAUUCUACUUCAACAUGUUGAAAUGUGCCAAUCCUGCAGUUUUAAUUAACCUCCAGUGCCCUACAACCCAGCUCUGUGUCUCCAAGUGCCCUGAUAGAUUUGCCACUCUGCUGGAUGCAUGGAAUACCAAAAACUGGGUAUAUUACAAGCAAUUCUGCAAGCCGAGCUUCAAGAAUGGAAGUAAGUCACCUGUAGAAGUCAUACGAGAUGAAGACUGCCCAUCUAUGAUUGUGCCAAGCAGACCUUUCCUUCGGCGGUGCUUCCCAGAUUUCAUUACAAGAAAUGGAACUUUAACUGUAGCCAACCAGACCAUCUUCAAAGAUGGUGAGAAUAACAAGAGAAGUGUCAACGACCUCAGAGAUGCUGCUACGGCUUCCAAAUCUACACCCAGAGAGUUCUGGACAGAUAUUACAGGAGGCAUCUCCAGUUUGCUGAAUGCCAAAGAAGUUGGCAUGAAGAUCUUUGAGGAUUAUGCAAAUUCCUGGUACUGGAUCCUCAUUGGUCUGGUGAUAACCAUGGCAGCCAGCCUGGUCUUUAUCCUGCUGCUACGCUUCACUGCUGGUGCACUCCUAUGGAUCAUUAUCUUUGGUGUUAUCACUGCAGUUGCCUAUGGUAUCUGGCACUGCUAUGGGGAAUACAGGGCUCUGAGCAAGAAGUCCAGUGCUAAUAUGGCCAUCUCUGAUAUCAGCAUUCACACAGACUUCACCAUUUACCUUCAGCUCAGCCAGACAUGGCUCAUCUUCAUGAUCACACUGUCUAUAAUUGAGGCCAUCAUUGUGAUUGUGCUGAUAUUUCUGAGGACAAGACUGUGCAUCGCUAUUGCAUUACUGAAGGAGGGAAGCAAGGCCAUCAGCUACAUCAUGUCCACACUCUUCUACCCUAUUAUCACCUUUUUCCUUCUGGCCAUCUGCAUCACUUAUUGGGCCAUCACAGCAGUCUUCUUAGCAUCAUCUGGUAAUGCCGUCUAUAAGGUCACACCAUCUGAUGGUAAAUGCAUGUAUGCCAACCUCACAUGCAAUCCAAAGACCUUCAAUCAGACCAACAUCACCAAAGCAUGCCCCGGGUCACAAUGUCUGUUCGCCUUCUAUGGUGGGGAGAGUGUCUACCAUCGCUACAUCAUAGUCCUCCAACUGUGUAACGUGUUCGUGUUCCUCUGGCUGGCCAACUUUGUCAUCGCCUUGGGCCAGUGCACCCUGGCUGGGGCCUUCGCAUCCUACUACUGGGCCCUGAAGAAGCCAAAUGACAUCCCCGCCUGCCCCCUGUAUUUGUCAUUUAGCAGAGCCAUACGUUAUCACACAGGUUCCCUUGCCUUCGGUUCGCUGAUCCUCGCUGUGGUGCAGAUGGUCCGAGUUGUUCUUGAAUACCUGGAUCACAAACUAAAAGGUUCUCAAAACAUCUGCACUCGAUACUUGCUUUGUUGCCUCAAAUGCUGCUUCUGGUGCCUGGAACAUUUCCUCAAGUUCAUAAAUAGAAAUGCAUACAUAAUGAUAGCAAUAUAUGGGAAGAGCUUCUGCACCUCUUCCAAGGAUGCAUUCUUCCUCUUGAUGAGGAAUGUUAUUCGGGUGGCUGUCCUGGACAAGGUGACAGACUUUCUGCUAUUCUUGGGAAAACUGCUUAUUUCAGGAUGUGUUGGUGUUCUUGCAUUUUUGUUCUUCACAAAUAAAAUACCAGUAAUUCAAGUGGAGGUGCCAUCUCUAAAUUACUACUGGGUCCCUGUUCUGACUGUGAUUUUUGGAUCCUACAUGAUUGCACAUGGUUUCUUUAACGUCUAUGCCAUGUGUGUGGACACACUGUUCCUGUGCUUUUUGCUGGAUCUGGAGGUGAACGACGGCUCCCCUGACCGGCCCUUCUAUAUGGACACAAACUUAAUGAAGAUCCUCAACAAGUAGAACAUCAUGAGAUAGAGAUCAAAAGAGAUGAGGGUGAAGGAAAAGGACUGAAGGUCAUUUACUGUACCAAGACACGGCACAAGCCCAUGUGCCUAUAAGCAUUUUGCCAAAUGUACAGUGAUUAAAGUGUACACAGGCUGCUACUGUACAUUCCAGUGGACAAGCUGUAGAUAAGCAGCUGUAAUAAGGUGAAUCGCUUAAACACUCAUAGUUUAUGGACUUGUUACUUCUUUGGUAUUUAAAGCUAACUCCAGGAUGUAGUGUGUCUAAAAACAAGUCUUUGUUUUAGAUGCUGUGCAAAUUCUUUUACCUAAUCUUUGUAAAUAUUUUAAAGAACUCAUAAUUAUAGCUGAGACCUUAUAAAGCCACAGUCAUACUACACAGUGAGUUCCUAUUGGAAAAAGUGAUUUCUUUCUUUAUUGAGACUGGUAAACCUCAGCUGCUUUUGUUUCUAGUCUCAUGUAGUUGCUAGUUUUUACCACUUGAUGGUGUCAGUCAUUACCUGAAGUCUUUUGUGUUGUGUUGUUGAUGCAUGAAUGCACUGAAGGAAUUUUUCCAGGGUCAGAUUCACAUCUGUAUGUUGUUUUCACAGCUUUUGGCUUCAUAUCAUCUCACAUUGAGGAAAAUAUUUGCCACUUAUUGUCCACUUUUUUCAUACUUGACUGUCAAGGACAUGAUGGCAUGGCAUGCUUCACUCUUCAGUGCCUUGUUCUUAAAAUUGCAACACUGAGUGUCUAAUUGCAUCCUGCAGAUACAUAGUUUACAUUCAAAGAUAUUUUAUGAGAUUCAUGUCAAAGGGAUAGCCAACAGUCUCGAUAGAGGUAGUUUUAGUAGAGCAGACUCACCUCCUGUAGGUUUUAAGGGUGGCUGUUCCUUCACAGAAUAGUGGCCGUGGUCAGCUCGAAUCGAUGUCACUUACCAAGGUACUUUAAUAUUAGUACAUUUUUAAAGCACUAACUUAACACUUGUAGUGUAGCCCACUUCCCUUCAAUCACACCAGCUUCUGGCUACAUAAGAGGCUUUUGUUGGUCACUUGUGUACAUGCAACAAACCAACAAUCCAUGAACAUAUACAGCUAACUGCAUGAGCUACAAAGACAAAAGCUGGUCUGACCUACUGCAGUGUUCUACAGGGUUCUAUGGUUAUUUACAUUUUAUAUACAUAAAGCUUCAUGCCUACAGUGGGUAAGUCUGCUCCCAACUAGAUAGACUUUGGCUAGAGUAUCACUUUCAUUUUGAGAAUUAAUGAACAAAACUUAAGGCCAACAUAUCAUGUUUAUAUUAUGGACCACAUUUGAAACAGUGUUGGAUCUUUUUAUCUUACUCACAUUGAUCCAAAGUGGGGUUUGUCCCACAUUAUAUUACAAAUUAUAACAUUUUUUGCCAAAUAGAACGAUUCAUCAGAUUGAUUAAAUGAUUGUUGUUGUUUUUUAGCACACUCUAUAAUUAGUAUUGGUUGCAUAAUGAGUAUGAGCUCAUCUCUGGCAAUCUGUGAGGUGCAGCUGAGGUUGUUUGUAUGUUUUUUUUUUUUUGGAUCUAGAGUCCAGUAAAUACUUGAAAUACUUGACAAAUGAGAUAUUUUCAGUUUCACUGUUAGCAAGUUGUAGGUAAGCUAACUGAUGAAAUAAAUGAUUGACACAGCUGUUGCCAGAUU